AUGCUAUGGAAAGUUGAUAUCAAUCCGAAGAAGAAGUUAGAUCUCCCGCCUGACGUCGAGGAGCUCGUUGACCCGCUUACUCGACUCUCCAAAGUGUUUACCGUUAGACCGGAUGAUGGACACCUUCACAUAUUUGUGGAAUGCCAUAGAAUUGUGAUAAUGUGGAGGGAGGGUCUGAACGUUAACGGUGUAAGGUGGCCUCAUGUACAUUUUCCCGAGCGGGUACCUUCUUGGGUAAAACAGUCGACCAAAUUUCCAAACAUUGAUCAGGGGCAAAGUUUGCAAGCCACACGCGGUUCUGACAUUUCCCGCACUUCCAAAGUGCCAGAUAGCGCAUUCUUCUUCGUUCAUGAAGAUAUGGAUGAAGCCAAGCUGCACGAGGUACUAGACAACUAUGUCUUGAGUCGGAUAAAAUAUAAGGCAAUGAAGACGAUACAAGACCUACAAGUUCAGGCCGCUCUGGACGCUGAGCGCAUCGCCGGCUUGAAGGUGACCAUCGAGAUUAUGAAAGACGCACAGAGAAAAAAGGGACGGCGUAUGGACGAUACCAUCAAACUAGCAUUGUUUUACAUCAACCGAAUCAAGCAUCACCUUGAUGACGAAGAAGUUAGAACGUUCCGGUUUUAUCAUGACAACAUCAAUGGACCUCAGCCAGACCCUGCCAUUCUUUUCCGAAGCUGGCUAUCUGAUAAGGAAUACGAGCCAGUUACAAACGAGGCUAUUCAAAACGAAUGUCACAUCCUGGAGGAUUAUAUGUGUUUGAUCACAGAGCGCAUCACACUAAUGCAAAAACUCCGUAGGCAGAUCAAGAAUGAACGCCCCGCAAUCUGGGAGGACCUCCAUCAUGUGAGCAUCCGCAUGAAGGUAUAG